CGCCCUCAGAGUCAAUGGACCGCCGGUGCGUCCCAUCACCGACUGCUCACAAAUUGAUCCCUUAAGACAAACACAUGACGUGUUUUUCGCCAGUUUUGGUCAAACGCCGGACCAGAACUUCACGAAAAUGGCCGCAAAUUACCAGAGCAUCGAUUGGUUUUACCACUCGUCGCACACAUGCCAUCCGUUUGGUGAUGGCAUUUAUGUCAUGAAAUCCAAUAACUUCCACAAGAGAUUUGAUGAGAGCGAAUCUGAUUUAGAGGAUUGGAUUAAAAUUGAGAGGUUUGGCCAAUUCGCUUAUGGCGGCGACAGGUUCUGGAACCGAAUGCACCGAAUGUCUUACGACACCAUCACUUCCUUCGUUAGUAUGUAUUACGGAAACCCUGUCCUAACGAUCCUCCUGUUUGGCAUUCCCGCCGGUUUUCUCUCAAUCAUUAUAUACACGACCUGUUUCUCCGAUAUUCUCGACGCCAAAGACGAAGACAUUGAUGAGAACGAAGAGGACGACGCCAAUUAUCACGAAAAAGAGGAUUAACCCACAAAUUGGAGUAUUUUUGUUAUUACCGUAAUUUACUGU